AUUGGACAAAAUAACAUACUCCGGUGGGAUACAGUUAAGCACUUAAUAAAUGUGAGCUGUUAUUAUUCCUCUCAACGGUAUUGAGAGAAACCCCAUGGUUUCCGAGCAGCAGGAAUCAGCUGGAAUCUUGACCUGCUUCCUUCCACUUAACCUCCACCAGCCUCUUGCGCUCCCGCUGGCACCAUGCUGAAGAAGGCCCUGAUAGUCACAGCCUGGUUUACCUUGGCUGUGGCUUACCCUGUAAUACUCCCGGACUUGACCACUGACCUUGAGUUGAUUAAUGCCCUUGGAUUUACCGCUGAACUAGAGUCCCCCACCGACCUGGAGUCAUCCACCACCACAGAAUUCACUGCCACCUUGGAGUUGACCACUGACCCAGAGUCCCCCACCGACCUGGAGUUGUCCACCACCGCGGAGUCCACUGCUGCCCUGAAGUUGACUACUGACCCAGAGUUCUCCACCGAUCUGGAAUUUUCCACUGACCUGGAGUCCUCCACCGACCUGGAGUUGUCCACUGACCUGGAGUCCACGGCCACCCCAGAGUCAACCGCUGACCUAGUCUCCAUUGGUGUAGAAUCGACCACGGAUGUGCAUCUUGAGAACACACCGACCUUUGAAUUAUCUACUGAAGUGGAAUCAAACACUGAUAGCUCUGAGGAAGCAACUGCUGAGGCUACAGAAAAUGUCACUGCCACUUAUUCAGAAGAGCUCAUGACUAGAGGACCAGAAGAGCCCAGCACCUCCGUGGGAAGCAACGAGUAUGUCUAAGUACCUUUUUAAAAUGAAGCAGAUUUUCCAUUAGUUGUGACCAUCACCCUUCUAACCACAACUUUCUGAGAAGAUUCUGAGCUUCUGAACAAGGCUUCCACCCCAUUAUUGGAGAUUGAAUAUUAUAAAAGCCUAGAUGUACCUGUUGAAGAUAAACAGAGUGACAGGAGUUGUACCCACACAAAGGAGGGCGUCUUUUAACAGUGUCCCAUUUCGCAGGGGCUCAAUAAAUGUUGAUUAGAAUUGAA